AUGUUGAAAUUAUUUAAGAAUAAAAAUAAAAGUAAUAGUUCAUUACACCAUCACAAUCAACACCACUCUUCAGAUAAUCAUCAAGAUGAUAAUAACGGUGGUAGUUCAUAUAUACACCACUAUGGUACAAACAACACCGUAAACACCAGUCCUGCUAAUAACGCCAAUAAGACUACCUUUUCUAGAAGUGGUUCACCUACAGAAAAUAAUUAUAACACCUAUAGUAGUGCUGGUUCGCCACCCCCUAAUAAUAACCCAACUUAUCACCAUAACAUAAAGCCACAUAGAUCCAAGUCAUUUUUAGGGUUUCAAUUAAAUAAGAAUUCAAGUAAUGCUUCUAGCUCUUAUUCUAUCCAAUCUCCUGUCCAGAGCAAUGAAGACAUUAUAAACCAUAAUCACAACAACAACAACAACAACAACAACAUCAAUCAUAACCACCAUCACAACAACAUCAAUACCCAUUCUUCUAUGGUCGAAAUUAAAAGAUUUUUUAGGCCACACAAUUUAAACCCUAAUAAUAUCAUUACAGGAAUUGAACAUUCUGUAGGUGUUAAUACUGGUUCUGGUAACAACAAUCAUCUUUUAUUAAGAAAUAAUGCUAAUAACAGGGAUAAUAGUAGAUCACACUUUGAUCACCAUUCACAUACUCAAUCUGCCAUACCGCCGAGUUCUGAUUCUACUUUGUCCUUGGGGAAUAAAGCAAAUAUUUAUCAUGAUGACGCCAUUUUAGCUCAGAAAUACGGUAAAUUAGGUAAAGUCUUGGGUAGUGGGGCUGGUGGUAGCGUUAGAAUUAUUACUAGACCAUCAGAUGGUGUUACCUUUGCCGUUAAAGAAUUCAGACCAAGAAAGGCUGAUGAACCCGUGAAGGAGUAUGCAAAAAAAUGUACUGCCGAGUUUUGUAUAGGUUCUACUUUGCAUCAUCCUAACAUCAUUGAGACUUUAGAUAUUUUCAGUGAUGCUCAACAAAAUAAGUAUUAUGAAGUGAUGGAGUAUUGCCCAGUUGAUUUUUUUGCCGUUGUUAUGAGCGGGAAAAUGUCUAGAAACGAAAUCAAUUGUUGUUUUAAACAAUUAAUGGAGGGUGUUAAAUAUUUGCAUUCAAUGGGGCUAGCUCAUAGAGAUUUAAAACUAGAUAAUUGUGUUAUGACAAGUGAAGGUAUUUUAAAAUUAAUUGAUUUUGGCUCAGCUGUUGUUUUCAAAUACCCAUAUGAUAAUCAUAUCACUUUGGCCAGGGGUAUUGUUGGUAGUGAUCCAUAUUUAGCUCCUGAAGUGCUAACUUGUAAGAAAUAUGAUCCUCAACCUGUCGAUAUUUGGAGUAUGGGUAUUAUUUAUUGCUGUAUGGUAUUGAAAAGAUUUCCUUGGAAAUCUCCUAGUAGGUCAGACAAGAAUUUCCAUUUAUUUUGUUUACCUGACGAAGUAGAACAUGAUUAUGUGGAGAGCGCCAAAAAACAUGCGGAAUUAUUGAUGAAGUUGAAACUGGAAAAGAAACAAAAAAUGCUGUUACAAGAGCAGCAGCUAAGAGAAAAAGAUAAUGCCAUGCAUGAAGAACCUGUUAAGAAAGAUGAUAAUACGAAUAUUUCCAAUAAAGAUAACAACCCAACAGAUAUAUCAUCAACACAAAAGAAGGAAGAACCACCUCAACCACCAAAAAAUAAUGAUGAAACAAAAAACAAUGAUGAACCAAAGGCGAAUGACAAUUCCUCUCAAAUAACCUCAUGGACGCAACAACCCGAACAUCAUCAUCAUCAUCAUCAUGAAACACACCCAGAAUAUCGCCAACAACAGACGACUGCUACGAAAAAACCAUUACAAGGCCCAUAUAGAUUAUUCAGGUUACUACCACAUGCCGCUCGUCCUAUAUUAUCCAAGGUAUUAGAAGUUGAUCAGACUAAAAGAGCCACACUGGAAGAUAUUUUUAAAGAUGAAUGGUUUAUUAACAUUAGUUAUUGUACUUUGGAUAAGAAGGGUCAUUUGAUUAGGGGCAAAGGACAUACUCAUACUAUAGUCAAAGAAGAGGAUGCUCAUCUAGAAAGCUAUAAAGAGAAAAAGUAA